CAAGUCCUCGCUAUGGUAUCUCCAUCCGCGGGCAACGAACGACUUCUAUAAAUAUAGCAACGAACGCCAACGACAUCUCUGACGCAAUUAUUCUUGCUCGCUGUUUGUCUUCCGCCGUGUUGACUGUAUCUCUCCGUUGUUCCCUCCCAUCAAUACAUCGCCCCCGUCUCUGCAGCAGUAUUUACUCCCCUGUCGACAGUUCCCCCCAAUAUCUACCUGCCCGCCGUGUUGUAUAGUAGUAUUCGAUUCCCGUCGUUUUAACUUAACAUCUUACACCCCCCUCCCCCCAACUUCGUCCAACCAAUCCUGGCUGUAUAUUCAUCUACUCACAUCUAGACCUAUCCCGGACUCUUCCUUUUUGACCCGCUUAUACCUUGAGCCUUUCAUUUGCUAUCUCUGUCGUCGAAUUUCCCCGCAUCAGGCUUCGUCUUUGUCUCCAUCGUCCCAUAUCAACAAAGCUCUCGCCCGAACUCCAAAGCUUCCAGAUUAAGAACACCGCCACCUCGUCGUCUAGUCUUUGUCUCGAGCCAAUCGAACCCUGUCGCUUUGUUCAUUGCAAGCGUCGCAGGACCUUCGAUCAUCCUGUGUGUUUCGAGAACAAGAGCACAUCUAUUUGAUACGCUUCCCUUUCGCGCUUCUUGAGGGGUGGCGGGCUUACUUGGCCCCGGACACUCUUCUUAGCCAUCAUCGUCUUCAUCCACCACUGUCAUCCUUCCAUAACUCAGCGUCACACUUGAUUGCUCUUCAAAAAUGGCCUUCCAGCCUCCAUAUCACGCAGACUCGGACGCUGAUGAUGAAUAUGAACGAAGUGUGGUCACCUCCCCGCAUAUAGAAGACUCUGAAGCAUCUCCCACAGACUCAGAGCUUCCGUCUGCAGAACAUACGCCAACAACUUUUGGCAAUACAAUUGAUGAUAGAAGUUCACCCAGAACAAUCAUUACGGAAUGGACUGCUGAGGAGUGCGCGGACUUUGCGGCGUCGCUAGGUCUAAGCCAGUACUGUGAUGCGUUUCUAGAAAACGAGAUAGUUGGCGAAGCUCUCAUCGCUUUAAAACACGAGGAGUUGAAGGAAAUGGGGAUCUCGAGUGUUGGUCAUCGAUUAACGAUUCUUAAGAGUGUUUAUGAGACCAAAGUUAAGCAAGGAAUACCAUUGGAUGCGGAUCAUUACGUCCCUCUGUCUGCGGAGCAGAGUAAUGGAGCUGAAGCCGCGACUCAGGACGAUAUAUCUCGUAUUAUUCAAUCGAUUAGACUGCGAGAUGAGAGGAUCAUAGCUGCAGAAGCGGAACUCCGGAAACUGGCAGAUGACUAUCGCAAGCUUCGUGAGGAAUUAUUGCCAGUUGUUAAAAUCGCCAAAGACAGAUCACAGCCCUUGCCUUAUCAACCGAAUUCAACAUACUCCGGCACCACUAUGAACUCGGAAUAUUAUCAUGAUCAACCCACAGCAACUCCUGUUAUCACACAGCAACCUGAGAAAACCGGAAAUAGCCUUACCAGGACAUUGUCUAAGAAAUUAUUUGCAGGAGGGUCAACUCCCAAAAACAAUUCUCCUACCCACAUCCCUCAAUAUAUACCUGAGGGAAGGACAGUCAAUGAUAACUCAUUAGAUCCGUCAGCUGCUGCCAUGGCGGCUUCAUCACAUUUAACUGCUUCAAUGAAUGGAGGUCAACCUUCUCCAAAGGGAAUGCCCUCCCCUACCUCUCCAGGCAGCUUCUACCCGCAGCAAACAUUAGCCUCCCGGUCAUAUGCUAGGGAAACGUCAAACACUUCAAAUCGCGGAAUUCACGAGCACUCCGAUGAAACUCAACAACGGCCUGACCGAUCCAUUGGCCCCACCCCCUCUGGACAACCGAGCCGACAAGACCCUCAAAGCUUUGCUACGGGUAACCAACCUGUUUCACGAAAUCCAGGCGAAUCCCCUGCCCCUAGCGUGGAAAUAUUCAAAUCCUUCCGAGUAUCCAUGGACGAUCCCUGCCACAAGGUUCUCCCAGCUGCCCUUAAAAAAUACAAUAUCAACGAAGAUUGGAGGCUUUAUGCAUUAUACAUUGUCUUUGGUGAUCAGGAACGAUGUCUUGGCCUCGAGGAACGACCAUUAAUUCUAUUCAAACAACUAGAGAAGGAAGGACGAAAGCCCAUGUUUAUGCUUCGAAAGCAAGCGCAAUUAGUAGAUGGGCAGAUGGUUAGUGGAUAUCAAGGUCCGCCAGGUACUGCUGGUGCUGGAGGGAUUGGCAUCAUGCCUGGCAGUGCGGGUUUCGAUGGUGGAACCGGCGGGGCUGGCCUAGCAAGCGCGGGCAUUGGAAGAUCCAACCACACAAGUUCAAUACAGCUCCCAGGCGGUGUUCUUUAACUGCCUGAAAUGCACACGUUUAAAUCUUUUCUCAUUUUAAAUUUUUUUUUUUUUUUUAUCUUCUCGUCCUUGUUUACAAUCUUCUGCGAGUUGGCGGGUUUCGUGUUUAUUUCCCUUCUAAUGUCAGAUGGCCACAUCAUAUUGUUUUGAUACCUUUGACGUGUCUAUAUUACUUUUCUACUUCGUAUUUGGCUUUCGAUUUUUCGCUUCUCAUUGCCACCAGGCGUUUUACGGGUUGAUCAUUCUCGCAGGAAGAAAAAUCUGACAUAUCGGCAACGUUUACUGACUUCCACAUUAUAAUCAUCAUUCAUAGCUUUGGUGUUUAGUUUUGGUUUUGACUGUCAUGCCUGAUUGACCCCAAUUUUCAUUUCUUUUCUAACCCUCCAUUGCCACCACUUUUACUUGCCUUGGAUAUUCUUUUCUUUGAAGGUCUUUUAUGGUUUCCAUGUCUCGCAUUCCGCUGCAGAUCAGGCUGAUGACGAUGAUAAAAACGGGAGUUUCUGGAACGUUUCUAUGCCUUCCCUUCUCAGGGGCGUGUCCCUCUUCUUCUGUCCACGACGGCUUCGAGCCUACCUAACGUUUGAAAUUUCUUUGUUGUUCUUGGUUUUACAAAUUCUUCGCCGUUUCAAACACCUUUGCUGUACCUCUUAACUCCCUCCAUCGAUUUCAGCUUUAAGCUAGUCUUUUAUUUGCAUCUACCAAAGGUACCCUUCUGUGUUCUUUUCUCUCUUCUUCUCACCCCACAUGUGUUGAAUUUCCUUUUGGCGCCGAACGGAGAUUUGGUUUGGUUUUGAUUUGUCGCUAUAUGUAUUAUGAAAGCAGUACUUUGAAGCUACAUGCCUGCUAUUAUAUAUAUUUAGUCACCCGCAUUUUCUUGCGUUAGAGGUUCUAACGGUUACAUCGCUAACAGUGGCUGUUCAUAAGUGCCUUUAGUUGCUUCGUGGACUCUUGUCCCGCAUCCCUUUUUGAGACCGCACUGCCUGUUUCUCCGUAGAAGCCCGUCUAGAUCUGCAUCUUGGUAAUUAGCCUGCGUCUAGGUCGGGUUUUUUUUUCCAACCUGCUUGUGGGAUCAAAAAUGGAAAUGCUUCUGUCAUUUCACUGCGGAUGAAUAUCGUGAUACUAUUUCUCAACCGCAUGAGUUUCUGUCAGGUUUCACUCCAUAAAACUAUAUAAGCUACCAGAAUCCUCUUGAGGAUCAAGCUGUAGGAUAUAAUUUUAACCCAUUCCUCCCACUCAGUAAGCUUCUACAGAGAUCUAUCUAUCUAUAUGUUUAUCAUGCCGACGAACUGGAAGCUGCUGCCUACUAUUGUUCUCGCCCUUUGCCACUAGGUUUACUCUUACUCCAACCCUCCUCACCAUAGGAAUAAUCCUUAAGAUCUCAAGCACUUUAAAACCCUCAUAUCUUUCGGCGAUAGUCUUACCGGUCC